UGUUGUGUUGGAGUUUAAACUUUGGACCUGAACAGAGCUCAGAGAUACAACAGAGAGUCUUUAGUUUUGGGACAAAGCUCUUCCACAAUACAGUGGAUUGGAUAUUAGCUCGAUCUGUGUUGUUUUGUGGGUGACGUUGUUGUGCCACCCAAACAAAGACACCAUGGAUCACUACUGGGAUCAGGGAUGUGAUGGCACUGAGCUGCUUGACUGGUUGUUUGAUCGAAAUAAUGGAAAGUUCCACCACGAGUUGACAGGACGCCAUGGCAGUGAUCACACAUGGCCGACCCAGGAGCCAAAUAUGCUGCAAGCACCUGAACAACCAGAUGAUGAUUUUCUCAAUGUGCUCUUGAGUGGAAGGGAUUCAGUGCCAGGUUCACCUCUGUGGUCCCCAUCUCCCAGUGACAGUGGGAUCAGCGAGGACCCUCCCUCAGACCAGAUGGACAGCCCUCAGCGACCAGGGAGUCCACCUGCGGAGGCUCAGUACUUUGGUUCAAAGAUGCAAACCAAUGCAUCCCUGCAAACCAAUGUCUCUAUGAACCACAAUGGCUGGAAACCUGGCCCCCAAGCAGGAAGGAUGAAGAUGACACAUCCUUCUGACGAACACGGUUCACAGCUGUCCUCUGGCUUCCCUCUGACUGUCAAGGAUCUGCUUCUGUCUGGAACAUCAGAGCCACUCCCACAUUCAUCCCAUCACUCCAGUCAAGAGCUGAUUCUCAAUGAAGACGAGAAAAAGCUAUUAGCGAAGGAGGGUGUGACUCUGCCGAGCCACCUACCUCUCACUAAGUGUGAGGAAAGAAUUCUGAAGAAAAUACGCAGAAAGAUUCGUAAUAAGCAGUCAGCCCAAGAAAGCAGAAAGAAGAAGAAGGAGUACAUUGAUGGGCUUGAAAGCAGGAUGGUUGCCUGCAGUGCACACAAUCAGGAGCUGCAGAGGAAGGUCUCUCAGCUGGAAAAAUGUAACAUGUCACUAAUGGAACAGCUGCGCAGGCUUCAGGCUCUGGUCAUGAAUACCUCUAAUAAGCCAGUCCAGGCCGGGACAUGUGCAAUGGUGCUUGUUCUGUCCUUCGCUCUCAUCCUGUUCCCCAGCCUCAAGCUUUGCUCGGACACCAAGGUCAGCCAAGAAGAUUUCAGGCCCGUCAGAAUCCAGUCACGGUCCCUGCAGAACCUCCAGGCUUCUCGUGUGCUGCAUAUCGCUGACCACCCGUUCUCUGCUGAUGAUGAAGCCGACACCCUGCAUCAGCAUUUGGCAGGAGAUGUGAGCCUGGAAGAUAUUACUACACUGAUGGGGAAGCUGGAAGUGAACCAAGCACAUUCCACUUUGAUGCCCCCAUCUCUGAACAGCAGUCAAGAAGAAGGAAUCCACCAUUUCCACGUUGACCCAAUUACCGGUUACAUAGCUGCUGUAACCUUGAAUCCACGCCACCCGGCCAGGCUGCAACCUCAUGCUGACGAGAUGUAAAACAAAACAAACAAAAAACGGAUCCAUAUUCUUUUUCUCACAAUGUUAGUGCAGAGAUUUUUCUAGUUUGUGCUAUACACACAAACGCAAAUAGUUUUAAUCAUGUUUUUGGCAUUCACUGUCUUUGCAUUAAAUUUUGUUUCUUUGUUACUUUGUUUUGUAUCCGUCUGUGAAUUUGAACCUUAACGUGAAACUGUCAAGAUGAACAAUGCAUUCUUUUUCUUCUGGAUUUCUGAAUGAAUCAAGCUUUGGGAGGUAAAAACUGGGUAAAUAAAGGUAUAAUAUUCUGUACAGCGUUUGAUCACAAUGGGUAAUUUUCAGCAAUUUUGAUAAUUGGAGAAGCAGUCUUCCUGUGAUAUUGAUUUGAGA